AUGGUCUCUAUGCAAGCAAAUAUGAUAUCCUUCGUCGCCCUCUGGCCCUUGAUCACCGCGGUUGCGAGCCCUCCGUCGCUUGCUGCCUUCUAUUCCAGCGCCCCGUUCAAGAACGCAGACGACAACACCACCAGCUGCCAAAAUAGCUCACUGCUGAACAACCAGCUGAGUUCCAAGUCUCCCAGGGCCGAAGACUGCCAGGCGAUCGGCAGCUAUGCCGCGGAACACCACGGGGAAUGGGAAAUACCUGGAUCAGCAGGCACGCCGUGGCUGCUGCUGCACUUUGAAGGCACAUGUGCACUCGUUGCACGCCCAGGACCGGGUAACAGGCUGGACACGCUGGUUGGAAGCGCAGAUGUGGCUGAGAUCGCAGGUCUAGCGUAUGACGGGAGCAGCGGGACACGGAAUGAGGCUCAAGGAACGUGGGAACGUUGCGGGUGUGAUGCUUGUAGUGCUGCCGUUCAAUGGUGGUUCACGGGCGACUUCUAG